GGGGUCCAAAAACAAUAAGAAAAGUCUAAAAAAGAUUCUCUCACAUUCACAAUCACAUGUGCUUACUAAGAUAAGAUAUAGACCCCCAUUCACUUCUGGAUCUCAAAAACCCAACACUUUCGUUGAAUACAAUCAACCGAUGAAGACACUCAUUGUAGUCUUUCUUCUCCCAUGCAUUUUGCUUAUCCUAGUUCGUGCCCAAGUCAAUGAUGAUAGCUUUGACCCAUAUGCAACGUUAUUCAGUCCGUAUACUAAACAAGAAUGGCGAUCUUACCAAGAAAAGAAGAUCAAUGAGGGACGAAAAACAGAGUUAACUUUCAAGGUAACUUAUGCAAAUGGAACAAAAGUCAAAGGGGCAAAACUGUACAUAAAGCAACUCACCUCCGAUUUCCACUGGGGUUGUGGAAUGACUCAUAGAAUACUCAACAACACUGCUUACAAAAAAAUGGGACAAGAAAACUACGCAGAUCCAGACGCCAUGAUGAAAUUUGCAGAUGAACACGGGAUAAUCGUGAGAGGGCAUACGAUCUUAUGGGACGAUGUGAAAUACAACCAAAAAUGGGUGAAGAAAUUAUCACCUGAACAAUUGUUAGAAGCAGCAAACAGAAGAGUUGAUUCGGUGGUGAAUCGAUAUAAAGGAAGGUUGAUUGGUUGGGAUGUGAUGAACGAGAAUCUGCAUCAUAACUUCUUCGAGAAGAGACUCGGGAAGAACGCGUCGUCGAUGUUUUUCAAUCGAGUUCAUAAAAUUGAUCCGAAUGCGGUUUUGUUCAUGAAUGAAUUUAACACCACUGAACAUGUGAACGAUGAAUACGCUCCUCCUGGGAAAUACUUGAGAAGGAUGAAGAAGAUUCAGUCGUUUCCAGGGAAUAGCGAGAUCAAAAUGGGGAUAGGGUUGGAAUCGCAUUAUGGGGCUGAGCCGAUUGAUUUUCAUUUUGUGAGAAGUUCGCUUGACUCGUUGAGUCAAACGGAUUUACCGAUAUGGUUGACUGAAUUGGAUGUUAAAAUGGAUCCAAACCUUAAAAAUUCGAGUGGAUUACAGGUGAUUUAUCUGGAGGAGAUACUUCGGGAGUCGUUUUCACAUGAAGCUGUGAAGGCGAUGAUUAUAUGGACAGGUGCGUCGAUUGAUGGAUGUGAUGUGAUGUGUAUGGCUGAUGAGAAUUUGGUGAAUACGCCAAUUGGGGAUUUGAUUGAUGGGUUAAUGGAAGAAUGGAGAACUGGGGAGAUUGAAGCUAUGGCGGAUUUUAAUGGAAGUUGUCAAGUUUCGGUGUUUAAUGGUGGGUAUGAAGUAAAGGUGGUGGAUCCUGUGAGUAAUGCUUCUAGUUGUGUGAGUUUGAAGGUGGAUAGCAUUCCGGAUAAAAUGGUUCAUGUUCAAAUUAUGGGCUAA